GCAAAGAAAAAUCAAACAUUUGAAAAUAAACACAAUAAAAGCAGAAGGAGGACCAAUAUAAACAACAACAGCGACAGAACGCGCGGUUCAACAGAGAAAGGAAACUUCGAUUGUGAGCGUGAGACAAACAGAGAGAAAGAGAGAGAGAGAGAGAGAGAGAACUUAGAACGAAGGUGAAAAACGAAACAUGUCAACGUUCUUGAACAAUUUCUUCCCGGCAGAUACGGCUGCUAUGGAUCCAAUCUUCUUCUCGCCGUCAAAUGGAAUACCGUCUGAGAGUAAACUCGCCACUUAUAUGAAUCGACAAAAUGUCAGCGCACCGACAGCAGCGGGCUAUGGGCUAAAUAAUGGUAAUAGUAACGGUAAUGGUACUGGUAACGGGUUCUCACUACUUAACUUGGACUCGCCCCUAGCAGUUAAUAAAAAGCCUCAGGUAACGCCGCAGUCACCCGAAUUCAUUCCAACGCGCAUCAACUCGUCUCCCAACUUCUAUACACCAUAUCACAUGAGUAAUGGCCUAAACGGUGUCAAUGGGUUAACAUCCGCAGCAGCAGCAGCCGCCGCCGCCGCAGCUGCAGCAGCAGCACCAACAGCAGCCACUGGAGCAGUUGCAGCUGUUACCUCCUCCGUUAGCAUUAGCAAAUCCGUAAACGGCAGCAGCUCCUCAAUGCUUUCCAUGCAAAAAACUUCUGCUGUUGCCACUGUCACUUUAGCACAACAACAACAGCAGCAACAACAGCAACAGAAACAGCAGCAACAGGUGAAUGUUGCAGGCACAUCUGCAACGGCACCAAUUGCAAUUAGCGGCGGCGGCAGCGCACCACCGAAUCCAGCUGCGGCACCAUUCGUCAGCAGCAUGUCCGCGCAGACGCCGCUCAAGACGCGCAACGCGAUGCUGCGUCAGGACUCGCCCACGUCAGCGCUCAUAGGUGGCGAUAAGUCGCCCCCGCAUGGCAUGACACCGCACGGCGCAUCGCCCAUACCCACCACAUUGCCAGCGAGCGUACAUCAGGAAAAUGUAGGCGGCACCAUUUACUUCUAUCCCACUGCCAAUGCACAAAACAGCCAGCCAGUGGUCAAUUCCGUUGUUGUGGAUGCCGCGCAUCCGGCACAUCAUGGUGUGGUGAAUGCGGUGGCGCCACUCAGCGCCGUGCCGUCGCAGCUGCUGUAUACGGGUCAUGUCUAUCCGGGGCCGGCGUCCAAUGUAAUCACCAUGCAGCCGAAGACUCAUCUCGAGUCGGCCUUCUUCAUGCCCGAUGAGAUGCGUGCCGAUAUACUGGCGCGCAACGAGAUCUCCAAUCUGAUUAUGGACCCAGCCGAGGCGGCUCAGCACGCACUGCCGCUCGAAGUGGACAACUACCAUGCGCUCUAUCCGCUAGAGCCGCCGGCCCAACCGCUGCACACCAAGCUGACCCUACCAGCGAGCACGUACCGAGCCACACACAACAGCACUGGCUUCAAGUACUGCCUGCGAAGAUUACACGGCUUUCGCUUACAGUCUACGAAAUGCAUGACGCUCGUCGAGAUGUGGAAGAAACUGCAGCAUACGAAUGUGGUGCAACUGCGUGAGGUGUUUACGACAAAAGCUUUUGGUGAUAACUCCUUAGUAUUAGUGUACGAUUACUAUCCCGGCUCACAGACAUUGCUGGCCAAAUACUUUACGCCAACGCCCGAGACCAACGGCUACACAGAUCCAUUCCAAGGCGAGGCACGCCCCUUCAGUCAUAAGAGCAACAUGCAGCGCACAAAUAACGGACCAUUGCUGGCAGAAUCAACUAUCUGGUCGAUCAUCAUGCAACUGACCGCAGGCCUUAGAGCUAUACACCAGGCGGGCUUAGCCUGCAAAGUACUCGAUCCCACUAAGAUCAUCGUGACUGGCAAACGUGUGCGCUUCAGUUCCUGCUGCGUCUCGGACAUAACGCAAUUUGAUCCCAAUGCAGCCAAUCCCUUGGCACUGGUCAACAUGCACCAACAGGACGAUCUGACCGCCUUGGGUCGCUUAGUAUUAGCGCUCGCCUGUCGUUGCCUGCAGUCCGUGCAGCGCGAUAAUGUGCAGUCUAGCAUUGAUAUGGUUACACGAAACUAUUCCACCGAUUUGCGCAAUUUCAUUGUUUACCUCUUUAGCACGAAUAACCGCCGCUCAGUAACAGAUUUAAUGCCCAUGAUUGGUGCACGCUUCUACACACAAUUGGAUUCGCUGCAAGCGCAGGUGGAUAUGCAGGAAGAUGAACUGGCCAAGGAGAUGGAGAAUGGACGUCUCUAUCGCAUUUUGGUUAAACUCAACAGCAUCAACGAGCGACCUGACUUUAAUUUGGACUGCACUUGGUCGGAGACUGGUGAUAGAUAUAUGCUGAAAUUAUUCCGUGAUUAUUUGUUUCAUUCCGUCACUGAGGAUGGCCGACCCUGGCUGGAUCACGCACACAUUGUACAAUGCCUCAACAAGCUGGACGCUGGUUCUAUUGAACGCGUGCAACUCAUGUCUCGCGACGAGCAGUCGGUACUAAUUGUCUCCUAUGCUGAACUCAAGAAUUGUCUGGAGAACGCGUUCUCCGAACUGAUUUCAAGUGCGGCCAACUGAGCAAACUCAAUAAUAAUUAAACAACAACAAAAACAAUAAUAAACACGCGCAGCUCAUUUGACCACGCCCCCCACAUGUUACGACCACAAGCGAUUACGAUUAUGACGGUCUAAUUAAUAAGAAAAACAUUCAUUAUAUAACUAAGACAUUUUGGCGCAUGCCGAGUAAAACUUAAAAGCAGCAUAUUUAAUAAACAAAAACAUAAUUUAAUAUAAUUAAAAGUAAACUACAAAUAUGCAGAUUUAUAUUGUUAGGCCCAGCAAGAGCAUAAAGAUUAAAAUGCCAUUGCGGUUUAUAGAAC